CAAUUGCUGAUUGUUGUUCUAUCAGAUAAUUUUGUAUUUUUGCAAUAAAUCAUUUAUCCACGGAAUAAAUGUAUAAUGGGUUCAAUAAAUUUUGAAAUUAAAUUAAAACGAGAAAAUAAAAUAUAUUAUGAAGGUGAACUUCUAAAUGGUUGCGUUCAAUUUACUUGUCCAUCGGAGACCAAACAUGAUGGCAUUACAUUGACCCUUGAAGGUGUAGUGAAUCUGCAGUUAAGCAACAGCAAAUCCGUUGGCUUACUGGAUGCUUUCUACAACUCCGUUAAACCCAUUACACUUUUCAACUCUGUCUAUGAAUUGUCUGCACCUGGCAAAAUCUCCGCUGGCGUUUCAGAAUUUCAUUUUGAAUUUCCUUUGCUAUGUAAGAAGGAACCCCGCAUACUCUAUGAAACUUACCAUGGAGUUUUCAUUAGCAUUAAUUAUCAGCUAAAAUGUGAUGUGAAACGUAGUUUUCUGGCCAAAUCUUUGCAAAAGACACAACAGUUUUGCAUACAAUAUAAACCUCCGGCAGAGGACAGCAUUAAAUUGCCCAACAAGGAAAUAAAUUUCAGCAUUAGUCCCGAGAGUUUGCAGAAAAACUCUAAGGACCGCAUAACUAUGCCCAGAUUUUUAAUAACCGGCAAAUUGGAGCGCACAGAAUUUUGUAUAACACAACCAUUGAGGGGCCAGCUGACUAUACAACACACUGAGGCGGCCAUUAAGUCGAUAGAACUGCAAUUAGUGCGUGUAGAGACAUGUGGCUGUAAUGAAGGUUAUUCCAAGGAUGCCACAGAAAUCCAGACUAUACAAAUAGCUGAUGGUAAUAUAUGUCCUAAAUUGGAAAUACCCAUUUAUAUGAUUUUACCGCGACUAUUUACGUGCCCAACUUUGAUAACAAAGAACUUUAAAAUUGAAUUUGAAUUAAAUUUGGUAAUUGUUUUCAAGGACGACUACAUAAUUAGUGAAAAUUUCCCGAUUGUUUUAAGAAGAUUGCAUGCACCACCUGGUCUCAAGGUUUUAAAUCGUGGGGCAUAAUUUUGUUUUUAUAUAAUACUACUCUAUUUUAUAUUAAUAUUAAGCUAAUAAAUGAUUAUAUUACUCAAAAAAUCAA